AUGCUUAGAAAAAACCAUAAUCCACGAGGAGAGGAUAUGAAGACUAUCGUACCUAUACAUAACGCGGUCAAUGAGAAAGCUUGGGAAGGUGUUUUAUGGUGGGAAGCUGGUAUGGGUAGUGAAAAAUGUGGAGGACCUAGAUUGAGUAGUUUUACAGGUAGACCGAAAGAUAGAACACCUAAAGCUUGGGUAAUGGCUUUAUUAGGCUACUCGGCCCCUUUCGACAGACACGAUUGGAUAGUCGAUCGAUGCGGUCAUCAAAUUCGCUACGUGAUAGAUUUCUACACUGGUAAACACGAUCCGAAUUCACCGGGAAGGAUGGCUUUUCACCUGGAUGUUAGACCCGCUUUGGAUGAUUGGGAAGGUUUGAGAACCAGGUGGGCUGGAUGGUGGAGGUGA